UGGCAAACAUGGCGGGUAGUUACCGCUUGUUUACACUAGAGACAUGGAAGAAUUGGGACAAAUCAGGGAAAGCAGAAGUUGUACAGAUGAUCAAACAGCAACUCAAAGAUGACCCAGAUAAUCCGGGAUUGUCUAAACCUAAUCAAGGAAAAGAUCUGUCACGUGCUUUGUAUGAACUUCUUUCGGCAAUUGUGAGGGGGCAUUUACGCAGAGACUAUGCACGACCCCUCCUCACAGAUAUGAUUAACUGGCAUCCAGAUAUGGCUUCACAGCUGGUGGAGGUGUCAACACUUCUUGACCUGGAGACCUCCACUAUUGAUCGACUUAGCAGAAAUCGUGACCAACUCAUGGCACUCCUCAAGUCCUUGGAUGCAGACAAACUCGUGAAGGAAAGAUUAGAAAUUGAAACUCUAGGAGAAGGAGGCAUAGUAAAAAAUAAAAAGAACUUUCACACUAAACAGAUUAAAGUGAAGACCAAACUAUUUUACAAACAACAAAAGUUCAACCUUUUAAGAGAAGAGACAGAAGGCUAUGCAAAGCUGAUAACAGAGCUCAAUCAGGAUAUAACCGACAGAGUCACGCCCAGCUCCAUCAUACAAGUUAUACGUAGUCUUAUUGGUGGCUUCAACUUGGACCCAAAUCGAGUCCUGGAUCUCAUUUUGGAAUCAUUAGAAUCCCGUCCAGAACAGCACCAGUUCUACACAGGGCUUUUGAAUCAAUAUCCUUGUGAGUCAGCCACCAUCAGUGAGCUCCUGGGCUUCAAACUCAAUAACUGUUCUAGCAGUGGAAAAGAUGCCAAGGGAAUCUACACUACAAUGGCCUUACUUAUUCAGGCUAAUAUUUUACAAUUAUCAGAUAUUUAUGCUUGGUUGACUCCUGAGGAUUCAUCCAUGACUGAAGAUUACCAUAAAGAGGAAAAUGAGGCGAGAGAAAUUGCUCGCAAGGUCCAUGUUGUGUCUACUAAAGACAAGGAUAAAGAAAAAGAAAAGGAGAAAGAGAAAGAAGAGGAAGAAAAAGACAAAGAUGACCAGAGAAAUCAUGAAAAAUACAAAUCAAACCAAAAAAUUCAGUUGUGUAUUGCCCUUUUAAAGGUUGGUGCAUGGGAACACUUCGUAGAAAUUUCUAGGCGUUUUCCAGAUUAUUACCUCGUGUCAAGUCCUCCUGUUAGUCAAGAACUUUGCCAGUUAAUACAUGCUACAAUUGAACCUAUAUAUCGAAAGGUGUGCACUCUACCUAGUCGACUGAAAGGAACAAUUGUGGAACUGCUAAACAAUCCACUUGCUCCCCGCCCUUCACAUACCUUUAAUGAUGUGUGCACAACCAUAUUUCCCAUGUUGAGUAUUUUGGGACCACAUUUGUACCAUGACCCGGGCCUAAUAUACAAGGUUCUCAGGGUGGCUCGGGUGGCACUGAAGCAGGUGAAGGUAGCAACAGACGGAGUUCGCAACACUUUUUAUUAUGAUUUCCUGGACGUCUUGGAUGAAGCUCUUCUUCCAUCCUUAUCAAUGCUCGACUCAAACCCUUGUCUCGCAGAAGAGAUAUGGGAAACUUUAAAGAUAUAUCCAUACCAGCACAGAUAUAAACUUUAUGGCAGAUGGAAAAAUGAGACCUGUACCCAGCAUCCCUUGCUAGUGAAGCACCGUGCCAGACUGCUCAAGAAAGCUAAGUUCAUCAUGAUGCGGAUCACAAAGGAGACCAUCAAACCUGUGAGUCGUGGCAUCGGCAAGCUCACCCACAACAACCCAGGACCAAUGUUUCAUUAUAUAUUGAUACAAGUUCAGCUGUAUGACAACCUUAUUGGCCCUGUUGUUGACAGCUUCAAAUACCUGACAUCUCUCUCAUAUGAUGUGCUGGGUUAUUGUAUCGUAGAAAUCCUCUCUGAAAAUAAAGACCGUAUAGCCAAUGAUGCAAUGGCAAUCUCUCCUUGGCUUCAAUCUCUGUCAAGUUUCUGUGGAGCUGUGUAUAAGAAGUACAUUAUUGACUUAGGUGGCAUUCUUCAAUUUGUAGCCAAUCAACUCAAAGCUGAAAAAUCUAUUGAUCUGCUUAUCAUGCGGGAGAUAGUCCAGAAAAUGGGUGGUACGGACACCCUCGAGGACUUAACAUCAGAACAGCUUGAUGCUAUGUGUGGAGGUGAACUGCUGCGUCGUGAGGCUGGUCAGUACCAACAAGAAAGAAACACAAAGAGGUCUUCCAUACGUCUCAAGGAAGCUCUCUUAGAGAAUAACCUAGCUAUCCCUUUGCUGUUACUCAUGGCUCAGCAGCGCUCAUCUGUUGUGUACAAUCAGACAGAGUCUCCCCAUCUCAAGCUGGUUGGGAAGCUUUAUGAUCAAUGCCAAGACACAAUGGUGCAGUUUGGUUCUUACCUCUUUCAAGUUGUAACUAUUGAAGAGCUCAAUGACCGCCUGCCAAGUAUUGGUGCUCUAUUGUCAGAUUGUCACAUCAAUGCAGAUGUUGCAUUCUUCUUGGCUCGUCCACUUUUUAUACACAUGCUUAAUUCAAAGUAUGAUGAGUUGAGACGACAAGAUAAGGGUGAGAAGAAACUGACACUAGAACAGAAGAAACUACGCUACAUAGAAGCUUGUAAUGAGGUGUUUGUGCCCAUUGUGUCCAGCAUAAGACCGCACUUUAGCAUAAAGGUAUGGGAGGACAUGGACCCAUCCUUCUUCCUCACUUUCUGGACACUGACAAUGUCCGACCUGGAAGUGCCUGUACACAUGUACGAGAAGGAGAUAAAGAAGAUUGAUCCAAAUCCUUCUGCAAAUAAAAGAAAGAAGGAAGCAGAUCGUCUUUUGGCUCUGAAAGAAAAACUCCAAGAAGAGGAAAAACGUCAGAAAGAACAUGUGGAGCGUGUCCUCGCUAGAUUACAACAGGAGAAAGAUCGGUGGUUUAUGCUGCGGGCUGCACGGUCUCCUAAGAAUGACACAGUUACUGCAUUCCUUCAGCUCUGUCUCUUCCCACGGUGUACCUUCACUGCUCUUGAUGCUAUAUACUGUGCUAAAUUUGUGAAGAUGUUGCACAACCUCAAAACGCCAAACUUUUCCACGCUAAUUUGUUACGACCGGAUGUAUUGCGACAUAACAUACACAGUGGCCUCAUGCACAGAACAAGAGGCUCACAGGUAUGCUAGAUUCCUCCUGGGCACUUUAGAGACUGUCAUGCACUGGCAUGCAUCUCAUACAAAUUAUGAGAAAGAGUGUGCCAACUACCCAGGUUUUGUCACCAAAUACCGUGUGUCACGACAGGAAGCCAAUGAUUAUGUCGACUAUGAGAACUACCGUCAUGUGGUUCACAAGUGGCACUACAAGAUAACAAAGGCCUUGGUAACAUGUCUGGAGAGUGGCGACUACAUUCAGAUUCGUAACGCUAUCCUUAUUCUCCAAGGAAUCAUCCAGCGCUUCCCUGCUAUCACCAACCUCGCUGCUGUCAUUGAGAAGAGAAUAGAGAAGGUGAAAGUGGAAGAGCGUAAUCGCCGAAAUGAUCUGUAUGUUCUGGCAAAUAGCUACUCAGGUAGACUAAAAGCCAUCAAACCAAAUCUCAUGCCAGAGACAGAGUUCCAUAUAGUUCCGAAACGUCCCCAAGCAGCUAAAGCUGUCAACGGAACACAAGAAAACUCUCAUGCAACUUCAGGAAAUGAGUCUAAGUCCACUGGGGAGACAGCAGAGAGUAAGGUGGCAAAGGUUGGUGAUGUGGAGAUGGUUGUGGCUGAUUCCACCAAUGGUGAUGUAGAUGCUAAGGAUGAUAAAGAGGACAAGGAGGUUAAGAAGGCAGACGUAUCCAGUAAAUCCUCCAAAGAUAAAAAGGAAAUUAGUGAAAAGAAAUUGACUGAUGAUGUGGAAAUUAAGAAGGAAGAAAAGGAAAAGAAAGAAAAAGACAGAGACAAGAAGGAGGAACGUGAGGAGAAGUCAAGGAAGAGGUCUAAGGAGUCUAAAAGAUCAAAGUAUGAGGAUGAGGAGUAUGGGGAAACAGAGCGAGAUGAGCGAUCUUCUGGAGUUAUAGAACGGAGCGGAGAGCAGCGUUACAUCCAAUACGUCAUCAACUUCAACCAAGAUGGAACCACCUGAGGCUUCUCCAAGAGGGUCAAAGCGACGCAAGACUGAACAUAGCUCCAAGAACCGGAACAAAGAAGAAGGAUCACGAAGGGAGCACAGACACAAGGAACGGUCCAAGUCACAGGAGCCAGACUCUGACGUACCUACCAAAGAGAGCAAGAAAGAGA